AGUCUCCAGCACCGCGCUCCUAUCACGUCUCUAAUCCUCAGAUUGCACCCUAGAUGACGCUCUGUCCGGUCCCAGCGCCAUGGACACCGACGACCGAAUAUCCAACCUGGAGCAGAGGCUGCAACUGCAGGAGGACGAGAUGCAGGUCCUGCGCGCUGCGCUGAGCGAUGCCCUGAGGAGACUGCGAGUCUGCGAGGAGAGGGGGGACCCCCUGAGGGGGAGACAAGGGGCCCAUGUAGUGAAGCCUCCACCGCGUUCCUCACAGAAUGGCUUCACUCCCCGCAGGAGGAGCGGCAUGUCAAUCUCUCCUUCCUCCCCUAAAAAAGGGGGCACCCCAGUAUUCUCCAAAAGUGUUCGGCGUCAUCAUUCUCCGGAGCGACUUUCCUUUAUGAAGAGAGAUCCUUCAGAUGCCCGAAACCGACUGCUGAUGGGUGUCAGCGGGAGACGAGAUGGGUGA